AUGAAUGGUGAGCAAGAGGAAUGUUAUUUAGAUGUAUUGAAGUUGAAAAGCAAACUAAAAGCUGUUGCUUUUAAUAGGCUCAAAGAGUACAGUAAACAAUAUUUCCAAAUUCUCCAUCCCGAAGGUGAAAUAUCAUUCAGCAUAAAACAAGGAGGAGGCCAAUUAGGAGUGAUUAUCAAUGUAAUUAGACGAGGAAAUGAAAACUCACUUCGGUAUUUUAUCAAAACGCAUUCUCAUGGAAGGAAGGAAAGUAGUUCAUCUGAUCCAAUACCAGUACAAGCUCUUGAGCUCAUAAUGUACAAAGUUUUAGAAAAGCUUCAAUUGUGUCCUGAAGUCCAUUUUGUUUGCAAAGACGCAAAAGAUUUCUACAUUGCAACACUUAACGCUGGUCAAGAUGAAAACUUUCAUGAAUAUUCAAAAUGUAUUGAACAGCCAGAAGUGUUGGGACGACAUGUAUGGGUAAAUUUAUUGGAACAUUUUAAAGAAGGAGUUGAAUUAGACUGUGAACUCGACGAGACAAAUGUCUUGGAUGAGAAGGCGCAUCAAUUCGUGAAUCAGAUGACUUUGUUAGACAUCAUAAUAAGAGUGUUCAACAUACGAGACGUGAUUCAUAAUACAACCAAUUUCGGUUUCGUUCUUCCAAGUGGUGAUUUGAAAAUAAUAGACGUUAGAAUAGAGCCAGCACAGUUUACAAAACAGUUUCCAUGCUUUUUUAAAAGGAAAUGGAAUGUUUAA